UCUUAUACCUUGCGUUUAGAAUUGGGGGAUGAAGGUAUUGGGUUUGGAUAAGAUAUCGUGGAGUAGAAUUUGUCUAGGUGAUUUGGGCACCUAGUCAGGGUAUGCAGUAAUAUGGAAAUUGUUUAUUUGAGGAGAUGAAGGGAUGAGAGGAUGAGAGGACGCUUAUAAUGACCAGGUGGGAAGAUUCGAGAUGAGGGAGGGGAGGGGAAUAAACUGGGACGCUGCGAGGUUAGGACGCUUGAUGUGCAUGGGUGAGUGAAUCAGCAGUGAGAAGUAUGCAAUGGUAGAAGCUUUGCGGGAGAGGGAGGGGAGCAGAGGAGAUGAUGAUUCGUCCAGAGAAGAAAUCAGGGAAGGACGUUUCGAUAUAAUGAUGACGGAAUGUGUAACAGAACUUCCAUAUUGUAGCCGGCAAGAAACAAUUCAGAGGUAGUUCAAGGCUCUAGGAGAAAUAAAAGAAGCAAGUUCGACUCGUCUGGGGAUUACAUCUAAAUCUAGUGGCCAUUUGAUCAUCGAGGUACAGAGGAAUCCGACAAAACGAUCUAUAUGAUUGUGCUCAUCUUCUUUUUUGGACUUCGCUUGGUUUUUUGUUGUGCUUUGAGCAUGGGGAGUUUUCAUUGUUGUUAAGUAACCAUGGUUGUGC